AUGUCACAAUGCUUUGUGGAUUUGGAAGAAGCUAUUAAAGCUACAAUGGCUUUGACAGACGAGGAAUGGGAUACCUUGACAGCCGAAGAAUGGCGUUUAUGUCGCGAGUUAUGCACUGUACUCAAGCCUUUUGAACAGAUAACUGAAGCGAUGAGCGGGGAACAAUACGUAUAUGGGAUUCAAAUACUCAUUUUAACUAGAGGUCCGAUUUCGGCACUGAAUAAAAUGCUUCAGGUUCAGGAGGAAGAUUUUGCGGACAGUCUUCACGAAAUAACUAAAAACCUAAUACGUUCUUUGAGAUCGGAGACUGAAAGAUGA